AGUCCACAUUCCCCACCCAGCCACAAAUGCCCUCCCUGCCUCCCUCUGGGGGCCCCCAAGAUCUAGGGUCCUCUCGUGACUAGGCUGUCUGCCUGAGGUCUGCCUGGAAGAGCCUGGCUGCUACACCUGCACCUGUCCCCUGCUGUCUCCAGGCCUCUCUGCCUGAAUCUGCCUCUGUCUGCCUCUUCUCUUCUGUCCCCUCCAGGUAUCUCUCUGCCUCAAUCACUCUCUCUGUCCCUUCAUCUGUCUCUGAGGUGGUGUGUCUGGCCCUACCCUCUGUUUGGGGAUCUGUCUGGCUCUGUCCCCCACCUCUCUGCCAGCCCGUGUCUCCUGUCUCUGACUGAGCCUCACUGCCUGUUGCCUUUCUGCAGGUGUUUGCACGAGCCUGUCCCUACCUACCUGCCUGUUUCCGAGUCUGCCUGUGGGUCCCUUUCUCCCUGCGGCUGCCCUCGCCUGUCUACCAAGCUCCCCCUGCAUCCCCUCCUCCACCCAUCUGUCUUGCUGUUCCUUCUGUGGUCUGUCUGUUCCUGUGUUGUUUCUCGUGCCUGCUUAUCUCUCUUUGUAACUUUGUUUCUCCUGCUCUGACUCCUCCUCUCUGCACCUCUUCCUGCCACCCAUCCCAUUCUGCCCUCUGUCUGCUCUGUGAGUCCAUCCCUUCUGUCUGCCUGUCACUCUCUCUAGCCGUGGGUCUACGCCUUCAAUCUUUCAGGCCAUUUUCCCCGCCACCACGACACAAACAAACCUCUGUUUCCCUCCAAGUGGGUCCAGAUAGGGGGCUCCCCUUCUCCACCUCUUCCCCCGCCCAGGGCCAGAAGGAGGGAAGCGAAAUUAAAAUUAACAUUUCUUCUCAGAAAAAAAAAAAAGUACCGCGCCAGAGCAGGAACUGAGUCAGCCGAGAGGGUCCCCGAACCCAAGUCUGAGUUGCCGCCACUUCAGGAGCUGAGAGGAGCAGCACCCCAAUAGGAUGGAACUGCAGGAUCCAAAGAUGAAUGGAGCCCUCCCUUCAGAUGCUGUGGGCUACAGGCAGGAACGUGAAGGCUUCCUGGCCAGUCGUGGUCCUGCUCCUGGGAGCAAGCCAGUCCAGUUCAUGGAUUCUUUCCCUGGCCCUGGCAUCAUUGGUCUCCUACCCGGUGCCCCCUCCCAAUGUGUGCCCGGGCUUUGCUCCUUGCGUGCAGUUCGAGGGGAAGACAUCAUUUGGAAUGUCAGUGUUCAACCUCAGCAACGCCAUCAUGGGCAGCGGCAUCCUGGGGCUGGCCUAUGCCAUGGCCCACACAGGGGUCAUCUUCUUCCUGGCCCUGCUGCUGUGCAUUGCUCUUCUGUCGUCCUACUCCAUCCACCUCCUGCUGACCUGCGCUGGUAUUGUAGGCAUCCGAGCCUAUGAGCAGCUGGGACAGAGGGCAUUCGGGCCUGCGGGGAAGGUAGUGGUGGCCGCGGUCAUCUGCCUGCACAAUGUUGGGGCCAUGUCCAGUUACCUGUUCAUCAUCAAAUCUGAGCUCCCCCUGGUUAUCAGCGCCUUCCUGUACAUGGACCCCGCGGAGGACUGGUUCUUGGAGGGGAGCCACCUCAUCAUCAUUGUCAGUGUGUUAAUCAUCCUGCCCCUGGCCCUCAUGAAACACUUGGGCUACUUGGGGUACACCAGUGGUCUGUCCCUGACCUGCAUGCUGUUUUUCCUUGUUUCGGUCAUCUACAAGAAGUUCGAGUUUGGCUGUGCUGUAGGCCGCAACGAAACAGCAAUGGAGAGUGAAGCUCCUGUGGGACUCCCCAACCAAGGGCUCAACAGCAGCUGUGAGGCCCAGAUGUUCACAGUUGACUCACAGAUGUCCUACACAGUGCCCAUUAUGGCUUUUGCCUUCGUCUGCCACCCUGAGGUGCUGCCCAUCUAUACGGAGCUCUGCCAGCCCUCCCAGCGCAGGAUGCAGGCCGUGGCCAAUGUGUCUAUUGGGUCCAUGUUCUGUAUGUAUGGGCUCACAGCGACCUUUGGAUACCUCACCUUCUACAGUAGCGUGGAGGCAGAGAUGCUGCACAUGUACAGCCGGAAGGACCCACUCAUCCUCUGCGUGCGUCUGGCCGUGCUGCUCGCUGUGACCCUCACUGUGCCAGUUGUGCUGUUCCCUAUCCGCCGGGCCCUGCAGCAGCUGCUUUUCCCAGGCAAGGCCUUCAGCUGGCUGCGACAUGUGGCCAUAGCUCUGAUCCUGCUUGUUUUGGUCAAUGUCCUUGUCAUCUAUGUGCCGACCAUCCGGGAUAUCUUUGGAGUUAUCGGGUCCACCUCAGCCCCCAGCCUCAUCUUCAUCCUCCCCAGCAUCUUCUACCUCCGCAUUGUACCCUCUGAAGUGGAGCCUUUCUUAUCCUGGCCCAAGAUCCGGGCCCUGUGCUUUGGAGUCCUGGGAGUCCUCUUCAUGGCCGUCAGUCUAGGCUUUAUGUUUGCCAACUGGGCCACAGGCCAGAGCCGCAUGUCUGGACACUGACCAGGCCCUGCUGGCCCGGGUCCUCGUGCGCAUGCACAUGGAGGGGUCGGGGCCGCUCCCUAGGGUCCCUCCGUGGAGGUGGCUGGUUCCCAUGAAUGUGGUUGUCAGAGGCAGGGGACAGCAGAGGCUGCAGACUGGCCCACUUCCCUCCUCCCCAGGGAUGCCAAGCUUCGAUCAUGGCCCUAAUCCCAACCCCAACCCCACAAGAGGAGGAGGAGGAAGAAGAAGAGGAGGAUGCCAGGUCCUGGCAGAGCCUUUGCCUAGCCCAGUCCUCUCUGCCUCCUCCUGGCUGAAGCCAUUUGUCAGGAUUACCCUUGGGCCAAAGCGGAAAAAUAAAGAUGUUGAGAUACAA